CAGUGUGGGAACAAUAUAAAUAGGCAACACAAUCCAGAACGAUGGGAAAAAGUUGCACUGGAGUUAAAGCGUGGUGUCCUGUUGCGUGAUUUCUCGCAGCCAGCCUUCGGAAACUCACCGUCUCCAUUCACUGACCAUCAGCCCUGCAUGAGCGCAACAGCCUGCAGCGCUGUGCUGGGUCUGCAGACUACCGUGGAGCGGGGAGAGCAUCAGCAGCAGGGAUAAAACUUGUUCUAUGCUUUAUAUCUGAAAGGUUGCUGCGUCGGAUUCAACAGAAAUUAUGAAUUUUAUUCUUGUUGGCCUGCUUUGUGGAUUGUACGGUGUUUUUGGAAAAGCAGACAAAGAGCAGAAGGGGAGGUUUAGCGUCCCGCUACUGGACGUCAAGAGUCAGCAGCUGGUUCUGGAGGCCAACAAAACUCUGAUGCUCAACUGCAGUGGUCGCUGGGAGCUGUCAUGGGCGUUUCCUGCAGGCUUGGACCGAGGACAAGUGGAAGUGGUUGACUCACGUUGUGGGAGGACGCACCAGCACUACUGCAGCUCUCUGAAAGUCAGCCACAGCCAGGCUCGGCACACCGGCCUGUACCGCUGCUGCUACAGGCACAGGACUCAGAAACAGCGGUCUGUCUACGUAUAUGUCACAGACAGUCGGCAGCCAUUUGUGGAAGCCACCACCAUGAGCCCAGGCGUGUUGUACAUGAAGAUGAGGGAGCCACUGGUCAUCCCCUGCCGGGUCACCAACCCUAACAUCACCACCACUCUGGUUAAGCAUAACAGCAGGCCGCUGAGUCAAGGACAGAGGAAUAUUAUUUGGAACAGCAAACAAGGUUUCACCAUCCAGAUGCCCACCUACAUUUCCACCGGCCUUUUCCACUGCGAAGCCGUCAUUGACGGACUGAAACACAACUCCCGUGCUUACUAUGUACACAGAACAGCGAGUAGCAUCACAAAGGUGUAUCUGAACACCAGCGGAUCUGUGCAGGCCCUGAAGGGGGAGAGGCUGGCUUUGAACUGCACUGCCACUACGGAGCUGAACACAAGAGUUGAUAUCACCUGGGACUAUCCUGGAAAGAGAAACAAUACAGGCUCCAACUUUAAAAGGCUGGUGAAGCACCAGAUGCACGUGUUGUUCUACAGCAUCUUGACCAUACCAAAGCUCCAGCGUUCAGAUCGAGGUCUCUACAAAUGCCACGUCACCAGCGGUGCGCAAAACAAACAGCAGCAAGUCACGGUCACAGUCUAUGACCGUCCAUUCAUCCGUCUGAAGCCUAGAAAUGGAUCAGUGGUGGAGGUACAAGCGGGACAGAAAUCCUACAAACUUUCCCCAAAACUUCGAGCCUUCCCUCCCCCUGAGGUUGUCUGGUUGAAGGAUGGUCGGGUGGCAGCAGAGCAGUGCUCCAGAUACCACAUGAAUGGGACUUCCCUGGUCAUCCGGGAUGUCGCAGAGGAGGACGCGGGAAAAUAUACUGUCCUUGUACGGAUCCAGCAGCAUGGUCUCUAUCAGAAUCUCACACUCACGCUUGUGGUCAAUGUGAGCCCUAAGAUUGGUGAGAAAGCAGUGUCGUUGCAGGACCCCGGCUCUGUACCUUGGGGGAGCAGAAAAUUGCUCCACUGCACAUCCCACGGAGUCCCUCAUCCACAUAUUGAGUGGCUCUGGCAUCCGUGUCCUUCUAAAGCCCUGUGUUUGACAUCCUCCUCCUCGCUGUGGAGUCCUGUGAUGGAGAGUCUCCCUGCUACAUCUGCGUACAAUCACAUCCUGAGUGUUACUCACACACAGGAAGUGCUUCAGGGGAACAACAAGACAGUGGGGGUCCUAACUGUUGCAGAGGCCUCAGUGUCUGGAGUGUACCGCUGCAUCGCCUCCAACUCUGUGGGAACAGACCAGCUGGAUGUUCCCUUCUAUGUCACAGAUGUCCCAGAGGGCUUUAGUGUAAACCAGCUGGAGCAGGCCAGGGAGGGCGGGGACCUCCAUCUCACCUGUUCUGCAAAUAAGCACCUGUACACAGGGCUGUCAUGGCGAAAAUUGAAUGACACGGGAGAAUCCCACACUCCCGCCUGGAACAUCCAUCUCCUCGAACCGGGGGAGUUCUCCAACACUGUGGUCCUCAUGUUAAAGAACCUGACUGGCAGGGACUCUGGAGCCUACAGAUGCUCCGCCCUGCAUGUCAUCAGUGGGCGGGAGAUACACCUGGACACCCAGGUGGAGGUCACAAUUCUGGAGCCUCCUGUGCUGCUCAGUAAUUUGACAGACUGCACCGUCAACGCCAGCAGCUCGGUUAUCCUCAGCUGUGAGUCUCAAGGAAUCCCACCACCAACCAUCACGUGGUACAAAGACGAACGGGUUUUGCAACAGGGAUCAGGCAUCGUCUUAUCAGCGGAAGAUGGGACUCUCCAUAUAGACAGAAUCACGGUCGAUGACCAAGGCAUGUAUACGUGCCUGGCCACCAACGACAGAGGAUCUGCAGAGAGCUCUGCCUACAUACGGGUUAACAGUGCAUCAGAAGCCUCUUUUCUGGAAAUUCCCACUUUAACCUGUACCUGUGUGGUGGCCACCCUCUUCUGGCUCUUGCUCACACUCUUCAUUCGUAAACUGAAACAGCCAAAUACUCCCAGCCACAAAGCAGACUACUUAUCGAUCAUAGUGGAUACAGGAGAGGGACCCAUAAUGGAGCAAUGUGAGCGCCUGCAGUAUGACCCUAACCAAUGGGAGUUCCCUCGGGAGCUUCUUAAAUUAGGGAAACCUCUCGGCUGCGGAGCCUUUGGUAAAGUGAUGCAGGCGUCCGCAUUUGGCAUCGACAGCUCUACCAGCUCCAGGACUGUGGCUGUGAAGAUGCUCAAAGAGGGAGCCACAGCCAGCGAACACAAGGCUCUGAUGACUGAGCUGAAGAUCCUCAAUCAUAUUGGAAACCAUCUGAAUGUGGUCAACUUGCUGGGAGCCUGCACCAAACCAGGAGGACCACUGAUGGUCAUUGUCGAGUACUGUUGCUUUGGAAACCUCUCUGCUUUUCUGAAGAACAAGAGGGACGUGUAUGUCCAUGACCGGCAGACAGGUGGAACAGAUGCAGGGCUCAUUUUUGUCUCAAGCUUCUCUGACAGCCAAAGCAGCAUCAGUGUGGAGUUUGGUGACACAAAAGACAAAUGCCCUGAUCCAAAAGCAGCAUCCUCCUCCUCCCCUCUUUUCCUGGAGGAUCUCAUUUCCUUCAGCUUUCAGGUGGCGAGAGGAAUGGAGUUUCUGGCAUCUCGCAAGUGUAUUCACAGAGAUCUGGCUGCAAGGAACAUUUUGUUGACUGACAAUAAGGUGGUGAAGAUCUGUGACUUCGGCCUGGCCAGAAACAUCUACAAAGACCAAGACUAUGUCAGGAAAGGAGAUGCUCGUCUCCCUCUGAAGUGGAUGUCUCCUGAGUCAAUCUUCGACAAGGUUUUUACCACCCAGAGUGACGUGUGGUCCUACGGCAUACUGCUGUGGGAGAUCUUCUCUUUGGGAGCCUCUCCAUACCCCGGUAUUCACAUUGAUGAGGAGUUUUGCCACCGGCUAAAGAGCGGGACAAGGAUGCGAGCGCCAGAAUACAGCACCUCUGAAAUUUACAGCACAAUGCUGGCAUGCUGGGAUGCAAAUCCUUCAGAGCGACCCACUUUCACCAACCUGGUGGAGAUAUUGGGAGACCUCCUACAGGCCAGAGUCCAGGAGGAUGGGAAAGACUACAUUCCUCUGGGAACUUUUAUGAAUGAAAAUCGCUGUGAGGCCUUUAAGGAAAACCCACAUGCAGUAACAAAUCUGAGCUAUAUGAGGGGUAUGGCCACACUUCAGACUUUUGAAGAAUUACCUUGUGAGGAGCAAGACAGCCGUGAUGAAGAGCAGAGUGACAGCGGGAUGGUCCUUCCUUCAGACGAGCUGAAGCAAAUGAUACAGAGUAACACCAAGAACAAGAAACUCAGCAGGUUCUUCAUGUUUUCUAAGUGUAGAGACAACCAGGCGUCCCUCCUGUGCAGCAACGAGCCCUCCAUCCUGCCCGCUGAUUGGGAGUCAGACGACGGCUGCUCUCCUCCUCCAGACUACAACUCUGCUUUCCUCUACCCCUCCCUUUAGCUUCUGGCUCCCUGAUGUGUAAUCCUACAGAGUUAAUGCAUCAAUAUUCAACCAUCCGAAACCUACGCUGCUUUCACACUUCACGAUUUGCAUCCUCUACCUCACAGUAAUGCCUGCAGGUAUUCCCAUAACAAUCAGUCAGUCAUUUUCUACUGCUUCUUCCAUAGUGGGUCGUGGGGAAGCUGGUGCAGCUCUCCAGCAGUCUAUGAGCGAGGGGCGGGGUAGACCCUGGACAGGUCGCCAGUCCAUGGCAGGGCAUAUUUCCAUAACGUUGUCUUCCAAAAGUCAAAACAAUAUUCAAAAAUCUAGGGCAAGCUUUUUAAGAUCAGAAAUCUCUUUUUUUUUACUGUGCAGAAACUAUAAAUAUGAAGUUUAAGACAAUUUUUCUCCUCUGUCAAGAGCAGCUAAUCUUCCAGAAGUUAACCUGAUCCUGCAGUAUUAUAAAGCUUAUUGUAUUGGUACCUCCUGCUUUGUGAAGAGGAGCGUUGCUGUAUGAAAUAACUGUUCCUCUUGCACAACCGCUAUAUGCUGGAAAAAUGAUAUUAUUGUAUUCAUAUUAGACAGAAUAAAUAACCGUAUUUAUUUCUGCUUUGUGGUCAUGUUAUAGAAGAGUUAAAAAUGUAUGUACUUAUUAUUUAAUUUUCACUGGAUUAUAUACAUUUAUUGAUAAAUAAGGCACUUCAACAUUGAAAUCCACCAAAAGCUAAUUUUUAUGAUUUUAGAAAUUUAAAUAGCAAAAAUGUUUGUACCACUGAAACUCAGAUUUAAUUAAUUUCAGCAAAGUGGGACAAAUUUACUGCCAACUGAUUGUGAAAUUAAGAAUAAAGGAUUUUAAAGGACUCGUCGGUAAAACAUCAUAUGUCUCACACUGUUAUAGCACAAUUUAAUCACAGAUAUUAGAAUUUAAUUUCUAUAAAUGCUUUUCCUUUUAUUAUUUAACAUGUUGUAUUGUUUUAUUUGACAGCAAGAUGAGAAAUGUGUACUUUUAGUUCUAACAAAACAGGUUUUAUUUUCCUACAGACACAGCUGUUGUUACCUCUCAUUUCCACUGAGAUCCACUCAUCAUUGGCAUUCAUGUAUCAGUUUAGGGCUUUUAAUGAUGUUUAUGUACUAUUCUUUUUCCAAAGUUCAAUUGUUAUAAACCAAACAGUUUUUACGGUUUUAGAAAACAAGAAUUAGGUGCAUAUGUUUGAGUUUAUUGUGGAUUUUCUCUUAGUUAUGCAUAAAGGCUAAAAUAUUUAAAUAAACCCCAACUGAUAUAUACAAGUUGCACUUACCAAGCUUCUGGUAUAAUUCUGGCUCGAUUUUUGACUACUCUUUCUAUCAAAAGUGUCAGAGCUCAUUUAAAUUGGUUGGUUUCCCGACACGGACCUGACUUUUGGGCCUAGUGAACAAAUAUUUAAUGUGGUGUUGGUCAGGAUUUAGUCAAAGCUCAAUCAAGACGCCUAAUGUAAUGCUUAUUUAUCAAUUUCAUCACCAGCUUUGAUGCGUGCUGGGAUCAGGUGAGCCUGUCAAAUCUAGAAGCAGUGUAAGAGAUGUGAAGCAUGGCGGUAGCUGGAUCAUGCUCUGGGGCUGUUUCGUUGCCAGAAUUACUGGUGCAUUACACAAAGUGGAUGGGAUAAUAAAGGAGGAGGAUUACCUUCAAAUUAUCCAGCUUCACCUCCAAUCAACAGCUAGGUGGCUGAAACCUGAGUUGGAAACAAAGUUGGUUUCUUUGCAGAUUAAGCAGGCCAACAUUAUCCUACUAUUCCCUAUUCUUAAAAGAAUUCAACCACUUAUAAUUACAGUUAAUGUUGAUAGCAAAUUGUGUGAUUUAUGUGCAACAUGCUAAGGAAGAUUGAUCUUUAUGUAUGUUUUGACCCUGUGUGGCUUAGAGAAAAUCCACAACAAAUGCAAACGUUUAAACCAAGUUGAUUUGCAGAUCAAGAUUACAUUCAGUGUUUGUUUUAUGAAAUUGAACGUUUGACAGCAAUUAUUCAUCUGUUGUACUUGCUGUGUCAUUAUGUGCCAAAUAUCUUCAGUAGUGUACAGGUCUGCCCUGUAGGCCAGCCAGUUUAGCUUUUUACUGUAAAACGAUAUUGUUGUAAUAUGCAGAAUCAUGAUGAAAUAAAUGUUUUUCCCCAA